CAUCAGUUCCCGUCUCUUUUCUCUCCGUCUCUGAGGAGUCGAAGGCGGUAUUACUGUGGACUUACUUGCAAGGAGAUGCAAACACAUGGGACUGCACCAGAUUUUAACCAGGGCAUCGCAUUUUACCUGAAGCCCUUUGCAUGAAACAGGACAUGCCACGGCGAUCUGCAAAUCUGUCUUUAAAAAAAGGGGAAAAAGCAUAAUGACAUUUCUUCUCUAUGAAUUGUCUGUGAUAAUGAAAAAGCAGAGACUAUAGAUAAACGUUUUAAGAAAAAAAAAUCCACUUGUUUUCUGACAGCUAAUAUUAUGGCAAAAUUGAAGCUGUUGUGCGUAAUGUGGUGCGUUUUCUUCGGAUGGUGCUCUGCUGCACCGAGCGAACGGACGGUGUUGCCAGCUGCGGACCAACAAACUGCCAAUACAUCUGAUCACCAGGGACACCAAAAUGACACUCUGCUGGAGGAACUGGACAGCCAGGAAAAUAUUCUUACCCAGCUGCUGGGUGAUUAUGACAAAGUGAAAGCACUCUCAGAAGGCUCUGACUGUCGGUGUAAAUGUGUUGUCAGACCCAUGAGUAGGAGCGCCUGCCGGCGGAUCGAAGAGGGGAGCGCCACGUCGCAGGACUUCUACACCGUGGAGACUAUCACAUCUGGACCCAACUGCAAGUGCGCCUGCAUCGCUCCGCCGUCGGCGGUAAAUCCAUGCGAGGGGGAUUUCCGACUGAAGAAACUUAGAGAGGCUGGGAAAGAUAAUGUAAAGCUCUCCACGAUCAUUGAAUUGUUGGAAGGGUCUUUCUAUGGCAUGGAUCUGCUGAAGCUUCACUCCAUCACUUCUAAACUUCUGGAUCGCGUGGAAAAUAUUGAGAAAACAGUCUCAAAGGAGCAGUCCCAGGAUGAGACCGAACCGCAGGCAUCUCCCCCCGCCCGGCUGCAGAUGACGGAUAGUCCAGCCGUGCCCUCGCUCCCACCGAGACAGGGAAUGUGGAAGAAUCUCAGUGAGCUGAGUGACAGGGCAGCAGCCUAUCAGAACAAAGAGGAAAAAUACGACGAGAUGUUUGUUGGGAGUCUUGGACCCUCCAGGGACUUCAGCGAAGGUCCCAAGCCCACCACGGGGGUGUCCCCACAGGCUAGCGUCCAGGAAAGAGCCAGGCUGGACCCGCAGGGUGUGAAGACAGGCCCCAAUGGGAUGACCAUCAGGGGUGUGACCUACUACAAGUCUGACCACAUGGUUGCUGACGACGGGGAACCAGGGGAAAACUAUUUUGAGUAUGAUGGAUUCAGUGGUGACGGCCCGGUAAACCUCUUCAUCGAAGAGCAACUCCUUCAACACAGAUCCACUCCCUCCAGGGCCAGAGAGAGGGCGGGUCCAAGAGCAGCUAAGCCAAAGGCAAUAGAGCCAAAGGGAGAUGCCAGGAAGACCAGCCAAUCAAAACAGCCCAUUCCAGCACAACCUGCCACCACCAACCCUUCUGUCACAACCCCCUCUGUUGCCAGAGCAACUAAGUGGCCAAUCCCUAUGAUGGUCAGGCCAGCCAAAACUCCUGCCAGGCAGACCAUUGACAGACCUCUUACAACAGUGGCAUCAAUGGCCACCCUGGUCCCUGGAAUCACCCAGGAAUCACCUGGAAACAUAGAAGUGAACCCAACUUUAACAGCCACUAAUAGUAUUCCUAGCACCCCAGGAACGACCCCAACUACAGCAGGUGUCACCACGUUCGGUCAUGCAACACAGGCGUCCACCACCUCUGUUCCUGUGACACCCAUAAUGACCCUGUUCACAGAGGCUGUUACUACGACAACAGCCCCAGCUCCCACCCCCUCUGGCUUGACCAUGUCGCCUUCGACACAAAAACUGCCCCCCACCACCCCUUCCUCCUCUGCCCCUCGACCGCCCUCCACCAUCUCCACCACCACCACCACCACCACCACCAGUCAGACAGCGUCAGUCAAACGCAAGUACAGCAUCAGCUGGGACGAGGAGGACGUGGAGGUUCCACCAGAAACAGUGGAACCAGUGGAACCAGGGCAGAACCAUGAAGAGAGACCUACCAGGAAGCCUGGUGAAUGUAAGGACACUUUGGCCACAAUCUCAGAGCCAGUCACUCACAACAAUUAUGGCCGAAACGAGGGAGCGUGGAUGAAAGAUCCGCUGGGAAACGACGACAGGAUCUACGUCACUAACUAUUACUAUGGAAACAACCUGCUGGAGUUCCGCAAUAUGGAGGUCUUCAAACAAGGCCGUUUCACCAAUUCCUACAAGCUUCCUUAUAACUGGAUUGGCACCGGUCACGUCGUCUACGAUGGAGCCUUUUACUACAACCGGGCCUUUUCCCGCGACAUCAUCAAGUUCGACCUGCGUCUGCGCUACGUGGCGGCCUGGACCAUGCUACACGAUGCCGUCUUCGAGGAGACGGAGUCGCCAUGGCAAUGGCGCGGCCACUCCGACAUCGAUUUCGCGGUGGACGAGAGCGGGCUGUGGGUCAUCUACCCAGCACUGGACGACGACGGCUUCCUACAGGAAGUGAUCGUUCUGACCCGGAUGAACCCCUUGGACCUGAGCGUGCAGAGAGAGACAACGUGGAGAACCGGACUGAGGAGGAACCGAUACGGGAACUGCUUCAUCGUGUGCGGCGUUCUGUACGCCGUCGACAGCUACAACCGCAAGGACGCUAACCUGUCGUAUGCCUUCGACACGCACACAAACACUCAGAUGAUUCCCAGAAUGCCGUUCACCAACAACUACACGUACACCACACAGGUCGACUACAACCCUAAGGAGGGAAUGUUGUAUGCCUGGGACAAUGGACAUCAGGUCACUUAUGAUGUGAAGUUUGCCUAUGCAGACACACUGCAAGAGGGAGGUUAGGAUAGCCUACCAUUCUUUAAAAAAUAGUUGACGCAAAAUAUUGCAUUUGCUAAAAUGGAUUGUAGAUCAGUCCAUAAGGCCAUUCUUAGAAGUAUUUUUUUAAAUGUUUGGUAAACGAUCAGGAGACGUCACCUGGUAAAUUGAAAAAGUUAUACAGUUAGGUGAAACCCAGGCAGCAUAUGUUGUACUGUAAAUACUGUAAUAUAGAAAUCACGGUGAGAUACAUGAAUGUAGAGACAUCCAAUUAAGAUCCCUCUAAAGACUUGGGUUUAAAAGCUAUGAAUCCAUCAUUCCAUUUAUUCUGUUAUAUCAAUGCAAGUUUCCAUAAAGUUGUUUCCAUAAAAGCUUGUUUACAAGUAAAAAAUAUUUAGUUUUAUACAUACCUUUACCCUUUACUUGUUAUAUACCCGUUGUCUUUAAAUCUGUGUACAUAGAAACCUGCUAUGUAGUAACAUCAAGGAUAGUUGACCUUUGUCUUGUGACAGCACUUACUCCCUCCAUAUCGCAUUUUACUGUUUUGAAGAGACUGCAAUUAAAAGGUUAAAAAACGCUAA